AAGGUCUCCCUGCCCAUGGCCAAGCAGCCGGGGCGCUCAGUGCAGCUCCUCAAGUCGGCAGACCUGGGGCGGCAGAGCCUGCUCUACCUGAAGGAGAUCGGGCACGGCUGGUUCGGCAAGGUGUUCCUGGGGGAGGUGAACUCGGGCAUCAGCAGCACCCAGGUGGUGGUGAAGGAGCUGAAGGCGAGCGCCAGCGUGCAGGACCAGAUGCAGUUCCUGGAGGAAGCGCAGCCCUACAGGGCCCUCCAGCACACCAACCUGCUGCAGUGCCUGGCCCAGUGCGCUGAGGUCACCCCGUACCUGCUGGUGAUGGAGUUCUGCCCGCUGGGUGACCUGAAGGGGUACCUGCGGAGCUGCCGGGGGGCCGAGGCCAUGACCCCGGACCCGCUGACCCUGCAGAGGAUGGCGUGCGAGGUGGCCUGCGGCGUCCUGCACCUGCACAGGAACAACUACAUCCACAGCGACCUGGCCCUGCGGAACUGCCUGCUCACCGCCGACCUGACCGUCAAGAUCGGAGACUACGGCCUCUCGCACUGCAAGUACAAAGUAAGGUGUCUGGCACGAGGGCAGCAUCAGUGGGAUGCAUCAGGGUGGAUUGUUUUUGGGGCCGCUGGCUGGUAGCGAGGUGGGGGUCUCCCCGUGCCCCCAGCAUCCCGCCCUGCCCACAGGUCGCUGGGCGUCACCAUCUGGGAGCUGUUUGAGCUGGGCAGCCAGCCCUACGACCACUACUCCGACCGGCAAGUGCUUGCCUAUGCCAUCAAGGAGCAGCAGCUCAAGCUGCCCAAGCCCCAGCUGAAGCUGUCGCUGUCGGAGCGCUGGUACGAGGUGAUGCAGUUCUGCUGGCUGCAGCCGGAGCAGCGCCCGACGGCGGAGGAGGUGCACCUCCUGCUCUCCUACCUCUGCGCCAAAGGGGCGACGGAGGCGGAGGAGGAGUUCGAGAAGCGCUGGAACUCCAUGAAGCCCAACGGCAGCGCCAGUGCCAGCCACCACGGCGCCGAGCUUUCCUCCUUCCCGCUGCUGGAGCAGUUCUCGGCAGACGGCUUCCCCUCAGACGGGGACGACAUCCUCACCGUCAUGGAGACCAGCCACGGCCUCAAUUUCGAGUACAAGUGGGAGCACACCAAGACCGAGCACUUCCAGGCGCCCCUGGGGUCCCUGAGCCCCAGCAGUGCCGCCCGCUACCACGACCUCUACUACCCAGCCACAACCGCGGGGCGCCUGAGCCUGGGGGUCUCGCCCUCCUGCUACGAGUGCAAGCCACCGGGCUGCCCCGGCCUGCCGGCACCUGGCGUGGUGCCCAUCCUGGGCGCCCCUUCUCUCGGCAGCGAGUACUACAUCCGCAUCGAGGGGCCCGGGGAGGGCAGCGCUGAGCUGGAUUACACCAUGUGCGCCUACAGCCCUGCGGGCGAGCGGGGCUCCCCGCGCCCCCCGUCCUGCUGGAGAGCCCAGGGUGCCCAUGGCAGCGCCUGCGACUCUGACAGCAGCCCCACCGUCUCCCUCAGCAUGGAGCCGCUGCUGGGCCAUGCGCCGGCAGGUGAGGGCUCCUGGGAGUGCGCUGAGUACUACCCCUACCCCUGCCCGGGGCAGGAGCCGCGGGGUUACGAGCCAUCCCCCAGCCACGGGGCUGAGGGGUACCUGCUGGAGGAGGAGCCUGCCCAGCCGGGCAGCCAGGACUGGCCCGUCCCUGGCUUCCAGCCCAGCAUCUUUGCCGACCCGCUGGGUGUCUCCCCAUCGGUGAACUGCGCCUACAGCCCCCAGGGGUACGGGGAUCCGCGGGCAGCCCCGCCGGGCGGGCGGCUGCCGGGGCAGAGCGGGGCCCGUCCGGACUGCGUGGCACUGGAGCUGGGCGAGGACAGCCCCCCCGGAGCCCCCUGCCCACAGGGUGUGAGCCCCCCGGCUCAGCGGCAUCCUUGGGCCUCCAACAGCUCCUCCAACAACAACAUCGUAGAUGGCGCCCGGCCUGCGCCAGAGGCCUCCGAGGCUCCUGCACCGGUGCCCGGGGAGGCUGCUGCCGAGAGCGGUGUGUGUGCCACCAGUGACGUGGACCGGACGCCGGACAAGACCUUCUCCAGCUCCAGCUUCCCCAGCGCGGAUGAAGGGAGUGACGAGGACACGGCGGAGCUGACCUCCGGCGUCUUCACCGACUUCUCUGGGGAUUACAUGGAGCGGGUGGAGGCGGCCCCGGCAUUCAAGUCCCUGCAGAAGCAGGUGGGGACGCCGGACUCCCUGGAGUCGCUGGACAUCCCCUCCACAGCCAGCUCCUGCGAGGUCUUCAGCCCCACCGCCUUCACCCCCGCCGGCCAGCCCAAGGCCCUCGACAGCGGCUACGAUACUGAGAACAACGAGUCCCCCGAGUUCGUCCUCAAAGAGCCCCACGAGCCCCGAGAGCCGGAGGCCUUCGGCCAGCCGGGGAAGCCACCUCCGGGGCUGCCGGGGGGCGAGGGUCUGGCCCCUGAAACGCGGCUCUCCACCUCCCUCGGGGCCGAGCUGCACAGCCUCGCUGAGAAGAACCCCUACCGUGACUCUGCUUACUUCUCCGACUACGACGCCGAGGCCGAGCGCGGCCCCAAGGACGAGGAGGACAGUGACGGGUCCCGGACCCCAGAGGCAGAGGAGUGUCCCCGGCCCCCUGCGCAGGACCUGGGGCGAGCCCCCAUGCUGGGAGAGGACCCACUGCACCCCCCGGGGGCACCUGGCAGCCCCCCAGCAGCGCCCGGCAUUGUGGUGGCAGUGGACGUUCCGGCAGCAGCGACCCGCCCGCCUGGGGCUGUGCCGGCAAGUGCUGGGGAGCCGGUGUCCGUUGGAGGGAUCUGUGUGCCCGAGGGCGUCCCUGGACUUGGGGGAGCCGCAGCCAGGGGCAAACAGACUGUGCCCCCCACACCGGGGCUUAGGGAAGCAGGGCUGCUCCCAGAGGGGACCAGGGUGGGCGACGCACCGGGGGGUCCCAGCACACUGCUAGCGGGGGGCAAGUCGCCCCUGGGCCUCUCCCCGCUCCCGUCUGCCCGGGAGCUGCGGCUGGCCGCCCCCGAGCACCGCGAGGAGCUGGAGGAGGAGGAGGAAGACACGGAGGACAGCGACGAGUCAGACGAGGAAUUGCGCUGCUACAACAUCCAGGAGCAGAGCGAGGAGAGCGAGGAGGAGCCGGCAGCCGUACCCAUCGUGGUGGCCGAGAGCCAGAGUGGCAGGAACCUGCGCAGCCUCCUCAAGAUGCCUAGCCUGCUCUCCGAGGCCUUCUGCGAGGACCUGGAGCGCAAGAAGAAGGCCGUCUCCUUCUACGACGAUGUUACCAUCUACCUCUUUGACCAGGAAAGCCCCACGCGGGAGCUGGCUGAGCAGAGCUUCCCGGACCCCCCCCAGCCUUCGGGGCAGCCCCCCGCAGGCGGCAGCCCCCCCAGCCCGGCAGACAGGCUCGGCGCCUCUGACGACUCCUCGGACGGCAACGCUUCGGAAGAGACAGGGAUGCGACCCCUGCGCUGGCUCGGCUCAGGGUGCAGCGGCAGCCAGGAGCUGCGAGAACGGCCCAGGCACCAGUUCGCUCGGGGGUGCGCACCCCAGCAAUAA